AAUAUACCAAGGGGCGGGAGGGAAGAAAGGAAAGGACCCCGCCGGCGUUCCCUAGAUUAGAAGGUCUCGGCCACGGCGAUUAUUACCAUCGGGGCCGGGGGUUACGCUGUGCGGCACACAGAGGAAGAGGAGGCCGCCGGUGGAAAUCGAUCUUAACGACCACCGUCCUCGUCGGUCGUCGGUCCGGAUGUGGUUGCUGGAUUCGCUCGCCCGUUCGCGUUCGCCGUUCCUCGUCGCGCAAGAAGAAGCAUGUCGAGCUUGGCGCGGAGAAGACGCACGGCGGUGCUCGGCUCGAAGCGAUGGUGGCAAGGCGGAUGCUGGGCUACCAGGGGCCACCAGGAGGCGUACCUGCGCAAGCUCUACGGCAGGAAGAAUAACCAGGAUGCCAGGAGCAGCGGCCAGAACGACGAGGACACCGCGUCGCGUUCCGGCGGCAUCGACGCGCCCUGGGCGACGCCCAGCGUUUACGAUCUGCCGGCCACCACCGACGCCGAGCAUCACUAUCUCGACGCGUUUCUGAGAAAUCGCGAGAAUGGCGAGAACGACGACGUCAACGAGGACGUCGACGACGAAUUCGCCGUGGUGGUCGGCUGUCCGGCUUUGGCGUCGCGCGCGAGCCCGACGGAGAAGUGCGUGGAGUUCCUGAAGGGUGCCCAUCACGAUGACGAGACCAGUUUCGGUCGCCGUGCCACGGGGGACGCGGAAUGCGGCCGCGUAGCCGAUUGCGGUUCGGUGCAUUCGGGUUACGAUGCGGCCGCCGGUUGUUCGGAAAAAGUGUGCAGGAGCUGCAGGUGCCCGCGGGAGGAGCACCAGCGAGCUUCGACGGAGACGGGCGGUCCUUCGGGACUCGGCCUGGGCCCGGGCCCGCCGAUGGCGAUGGCCAUGGCGUUCCCAAGCGGCGCCGGGGGCGCGCCUCACCAGGAGCCGUUCAAGAGCCCGGUGCAAGCCGCGCCGGCCGGCCUGGCGCUGCAGGAGGCUCUGAUGCAGCAUCACCAAAGGCACUCGCAGAGCGACGACGACAGCGGCUGCGCGCUCGAGGAGUACACGUGGGUGCCACCCGGUCUGAGGCCCGAUCAGGCGGCCGGCGAGAUGGCCGUGGCGGCGAGCCGCGCGGGCCCGACCGCCCUCUGGCACCCCGCCUGCUUCGUCUGCUGCGUCUGCCGCCAGCUGCUGGUGGACCUGAUCUACUUCUGGCGGGACGGCAGGCUCUACUGCGGCCGCCACCACGCCGAGACCCUCAAGCCCCGCUGCUGCGCCUGCGACGAGAUCAUCCUCGCCGACGAGUGCACCGAGGCCGAGGGCAGGGCCUGGCACAUGCGCCACUUUGCUUGCCUCGAGUGCGACCGGCAGCUCGGCGGCCAGCGGUACGUGAUGAGGGAGGGCCGGCCGUACUGUCUCAGGUGCUUCGACGCCUCCUUCGCCGAGUACUGCGACAGCUGCGGCGAGCCGAUCGGCGUCGACCAGGGCCAAAUGUCGCACGAGGGUCAGCACUGGCACGCGACCGAGGCCUGCUUCUGCUGCGCCACUUGCCGCACCUCCCUCCUGGGCCGGCCGUUCUUGCCGCGACGUGGUGCCAUUUACUGCAGCAUAGCGUGCAGCAAGGGGGAACCGCCGACGACACCGAGCGACUCCUCCGCCGGGCCGCCGCCACCCCCGCCGUCCUUCCUCAGGAACAAUAGGAGGCAGACGAUGGCCACGAGCGAAGGUUCGUCUAGUCCACCUCCACCACCGCCACCUCCACUUCCUCCAGGCUCGAGACAUACCCUCGGAUCUCCUAGAAAUUCACCUCGAAUGACCAGGAGACAUCAACAAGUUUCCGCUUCGUUGGCAACGACACCAACUCAAAGCAUUCAGAAUACUCUGAGCCCCGAGUUCGGCGCGGAAGGACUUCCUUCCAGCGGUUCCAGACCCAGCGGUCUUGACAGGGUACUUUUGGAGCGAAAUCUCGAAAGACUGCUGCAGGAGCGAGGCUCUCAUCCUGAUGAAAACUGCGGCGAGUUGGGAAGAUUGAUGCAAGCACGGGAUCGUGAACCUCUUAGAUGUAUCCAGAAUUGUACACCUUCCCACGCGUCGAGCAUGCCGGAACUGCCACCCCCGCGGCCGUCGUCGGGAGCGUCGGUAUUGAUAUCGACAUCGACCGCUGGCGCGGCGUCCGCCGGCCCAUUGGCGCAGGAGCCGGCGACAUCGCCGGCCAAUUCCGGAAUCGGGGUUGGAGCCAGCCAGACAGAUCCACCGACGCCAACGUCGCGACGCGUGCGAUUCCAGGGGGAUCUAGAUGUCAACGAUCACGGCGCGACGUCGCGCAUCCCUCUCUCGCCGACGAACGACCGGAACUCGUCGUCAUCUCCCUCGCCACCGCCGACAUCGUUAUCGAGAACAAUCGUGUCUCGAUCGAGAAGUUUGCAGCCUGACGAGGUCGCCAGUACGUCAACUUGGGGAACGGCGGGUACGUCCAGGUCGAGAAUGCAUGGUGAGGAUGACGAUGCCGAGAGCUGUUGCUCGACGUGCAGCUCGUCUAGCAGCUCGGACGAGGCCGCGGCUUACGCGCUACCACCACGACGAGCUUACGGCGGCGUCCGGAUCUCUUACGUGCCGAAUGAUGCGGUAGCAUGCGCGCGGAAACGCGCGCCCGCAUCCUCAUCGUCGUCGAAUCAGGCCCAGAGGGACGCUGAAAAGUGCGUCAUAUCUUGAUGACUUCUUCAGCACUCUACGAGUUUCGACGUCGUUCUGUCGUCAUGAUGAAUUAGAGGGAAAACGACGUUCGAAAAAGAGUUCCUACGAAGUGGACGCACUUUUCGAUAAUCCUUCGAAGCGUCAUCGACGCCUGCGGCAUUGCAGCACGUCUCGCAUGCACGCAUGCACGCGAGGCGUACGGACACAUACGGCAUACAUGUGAAAAUAAUACUCAUUUUAUUUCUGUAAAUAUUGCGAGCUCUCUUCCGGGACACGCGAUCGCCGCGCACCGUCACCGUUCCAGCGGGGGCGCGAGCCCGUCCCUCUAUUUUUAAUACCCCAUUAAUGUAUUUGAUAAUAAUAACGAUGACAAUGAUAAUAA